CGGCAAUCGAAUAUUGAUUGGGAGCUGAUAAAACUUUUUCGUAUGCUCGGGCUCCUGGGAAAUAGCAACAUAUAAAAAUGAUAUACCAUACGAUCUCGUAAAUACUGAUAAGUCGAGUCAUAGGUAGAUUGUUCCUCAGUGCUCAUCAGAAACACUGAUAUUGCAAAUUGUCACCUAUACUAUCAUUUGAAGAAAUGCUUGUCCAGAGCGGUGGCUGCAUCUGCGGUAAGAUUCGCUACACUUACAAUGCGGAGCCGAUAGCGAAAGUCCUCUGCCAUUGCGAUGAUUGUCGCAAGAUCAGUGGCAGCAACUACAGUGUCAACUUUCUUGUCCCUAAAGCGGCAGUCCAAGUAACUGUCGGUACGCCAAAAAUCUUCAGUAAAGUCGCUAAUUCAGGCGACACCAUCAACAGCUACUUUUGCGGCGACUGCGGUAGUAUGAUAUGGCGGGAGUCCGCCAAUUGCGGGCCCAAUAAAGUGAUCAAAGCCGGGACCUUGGAUGACAGUGGCAAGAUUAUUUCUACUUCAGUAUUCGAUGCAGAGGUUUUUACUCGCUCGAGGGUAGAGUGGGUGCAGCCAAUAGCUGGUGCAACCCAGAGGGCCGCAGAGUGAGCUGUUAUUUCAGGAAUGAUUGUAUUACGCAAUGGGCGAACUCUUAUGUUUUCGCGGGUAAAUAAAUAGUUUCUGAUAGACUCAACGAGAUGGUGGCUGUACCCAUAAAACAAUCAGCGACACAAGUAUUACGGUAGGUUGGAG